ACACAAGACACCUCCCAUCUGGCUCCAUUCCCACUCAGCGCAGGCAGGCACGCCACGGAGCUACUCGGCCAGCCAGCGCCUAAGCGUAGCUCGUAGCAGCUAGUUCUCUUCCACUGCUCCGGUCGAGGGUCGACCGGGAAACUCCGCCGCCGGCGCCAGGAUUCUCGCCGGAGAACAAACAGCAUGGCCGAGGACGGGAGGGAGCGAGCCGAGGAUGCCGCCGAGGCGACGAAGAAGGCGAAGCAGGGCGGCUUCAGGACCAUGCCCUUCAUCCUAGCGAACGACUUCUGCGACCGGCUGGCGACGGUGGGGUUCGGGUCGAACCUGAUCUCCUACCUCACCCUCCAGCUGCACCUGCCGCUGGUCGAGGCCUCUAACGUGCUCACGAACUACCACGGCACGACCAACCUCACGCCGCUCGUCGGCGGCCUCAUCGCUGACUCCUUCGCGGGCCGCUUCUGGACCAUCACCGUCGGCUCCAUCAUCUACCAGCUCGGCAUGGUCUGCCUCACCCUCUCCGCCGCGCUCCCCUCGCUCCGCCCGCCGCCGUGCCCCAAGCACGCGGUCGAGUGCCAGCGCGCAUCCACCUACCAGAUCGCCAUCCUCUACCUGUCGCUGCUCUGCACGUCCAUCGGCUCCGGGGGCACGCGCCCCUGCAACAUGGCGUUCGGCGCCGACCAGCUCGAGCUGGGCGCGCGCCGACGCCGGAGCGCCAACGGCGACGACAAGGCUCCCAUGUGGAGCUUCUUCAACCUGUACUUCUUCGGCAUUGAGCUCGCCAAGCUCGCGGCGGUCACCGUGGUGGUGUACAUCCAGGAGAACGUCGGCUGGGGGUGGGGGCUCGGCGUGCCCACCAUCGCCAUGUUCUUUGCCGUGAUCGGCUUCGUGUCCGGGUACUCGCUAUAUGUCAAGAUGCCGCCCGGCGGCAGCCCGCUUGUCCGCCUGGCGCAGGUCGUCUCUGCUGCCUUCAAGAAGAGGAAAACUGUCCUGCCGGACCCGGACCUCCUGUACGAGGACAAGAAGCUCGACGCCGGCAUCUCCACCACCGGCCGUCUUCUCCACACCAACCAGCUAAAGUUCUUUGACAAGGCGGCCAUAGUGACAGAGGGCGACGUGCUGCCGUCCGGCGAGCCGAAGCUGUGGCGGUUGUCGACGGUGCACCGGGUGGAAGAGAUCAAGUCGAUUGUCCGGAUGCUGCCCAUCUGGGCGGCGGGCAUCCUCAUGGUGACCGCGUCGUCACACAACAGCAGCUUCGCGAUCCAGCAGGCGCGCACCAUGGACCGCGACAUCACGCGGAGCUUCAAGAUCCCGCCGGCUUCCAUGCUCAUCUUCACCAACCUCUCCAUGCUUGUCACCCUCGCCUUCUACGACCGUGUGCUCGUCCGCGUGCUCCGCCGCUUCACCGGCCGCCCCAACGGCAUCACCCACCUCCAGCGCGCCGGCGUCGGCAUGACCAUCGCCAUGCUGGCGAACGUGGCUGCGGCAGCCGUCGAGACUCGGCGGAAGUCAGUGGCCGCAGCCAGCGGCAUGCUCGACGCGCCCAAAGGCACCACGCUGCCCAUCAGUGUCUUCUGGCUGGUGCCGCAGUACGCCAUCCACGGUAUCGCCGACGCAUUCAUGGACGUCGGCCGCAUGGAGUUUUUGUACGACCAGGCGCCCGAGAGCAUGAGGAGCACUGCGGCGGCGCUCUACUGGCUCACCAUCUCGGCGGGGAGCUACCUCGGCACGCUGCUGGUGACCAUCGUGCACGAGAAGACGCAGGCGAGCGGGCAGUGGCUACAGGACAACCUCAACAGAGGGAAGCUGGAUAACUACUACUGGCUCGUCGUCGGACUGCAGGGGCUCAACCUCAUCUACUACUUCAUAUGUGUCAAGUACUACACUUUUAAGCCACUGGAGACAGAGGUCGAGCACCAACCUGGCCAUGCCAGUGGCGCCGAGAGCACCAAGAAGAGUGUAAGAUACAAGUAACUAGAAUGCGUGGUAGAGUAACAAUUGGGACGGAAUAAUGUGUCUUGCUAGCAAAUACGAUAUUAAUAUUGCCGAGAUUUUAGGAACACUCACGAAAUAUAUUUGGAAAUGUAAUCGUUCACGAAA